AUGUCUGAAUAUAGCAAGAAGAUAUUCCGUGAUAAUUUACAAGGUUUGGAUGCGUAUACUCGACAUAAAUUAUUUAUGAGGGAUUAUGUUAAUUUUUAUGGAAAUAACGGUCAACCGUCAAAUGUAGAGACAAAGACAGAAUUUGACAUUUUAAAAGAAAAUCAUAAUUGGGAACAACGUGUUGCAAAAAAAUAUUAUGAUAAAUUAUUUAGAGAAUAUUGUAUUGCUGAAUUAAAAUAUUAUAAGGAAGGAAGGAUUGCUUUGCGAUGGAGAAUUGAAAAAGAAGUUAUAACAGGAAAAGGUCAAUUCAUUUGUGCAUCAACAAAAUGUUCAAAUACAAGUGAAUUAAAAUCUUGGGAAGUUAAUUUUGCUUAUAUGGAAGAUGGAGAAAAGAAAAAUGCUUUAGUUAAAAUUAGAUUAUGUCCAAAAUGUUCUAAUAAAUUAAAUUAUAGUAAACAACAUUCAGAAAUUAAAACAGAGAAAGAAGUUAAUUUAGAAGAAAAAGAAAUUGAACAAGAAACGAGACAUGAAAAGCGAAAAAGAGAAGAUUAUGAAAGUAGUAAUAGUGACAAAAAGAAAAAACGUGAGAGUACUUCAGAGAGAAGUAAAAAGGAGCGGGAAGGUAAUUCUGAAGAUAUCGAAAGUCAAAAGUUAGAAUCAGUUGAUAAUAAUCCUGACGAUUUAUCUGAAAGAGGGAAAAUAGAGGACUUCGAUGAAUUUUUUACCGGAUUAUUUGUUUAA